AUGGUGGGAGACGGGGCGAGAGGGGAGAUGAACACUUUUCAGAGAAACGAAUCCAAGGAAAGUUUGUUCACUUUUAUUUCUGCAGGAGAUGAUCCCCCCAAAGAUUUCCCUGUUCAGAAAAAGUCUCCGAAACUCUGUGGUUCCAACUAUCCCCUGAGCAUUGCCUUCAUUGUGGUGAACGAGUUCUGCGAGCGCUUCUCCUAUUAUGGCAUGAGAGCUGUCCUGACGCUGUAUUUCAUAAGCUUCUUCCACUGGGAUGAGAAUCUGUCCACUGCUGUGUACCAUGCCUUUUCUGCUCUCUGUUAUUUCACACCUGUCAUUGGAGCUAUCAUGGCAGACUCGUGGUUGGGGAAAUACAAGACAAUCAUCUACCUCUCCAUUGUGUAUGUGGUCGGCCAUCUGAUAAAGUCAGUCGGUGCCAUUCCAUCCCUAGGCAACCAGGCAGUUCAUGUGGUCCUGUCUAUGGUUGGUCUGUUUUUGAUCGCCCUUGGAACGGGAGGUAUCAAGCCCUGUGUCUCUGCAUUUGGUGGGGACCAGUUUGAAGAGGAACAUACCUCUGAGAGAAGCAAGUUUUUUUCCGUCUUCUAUUUAUCCAUUAAUGCUGGAAGUUUGAUCUCCACGUUUGUAACGCCUGUAUUAAGAGGGGAUGUGAAAUGUUUUGGAGAGGAUUGUUAUGCACUGGCUUUUGGUGUCCCAGCAGCACUGAUGGUGCUGGCGCUUGUCGUGUUUAUAGCUGGAAGCGGACUGUACAGAAAAACGCCACCACAAGGAAACGUCUUACUUGAAGUGUGCAAAUGCAUUGGAUUUGCUAUUAAAAACAGGCUGAAAAAUCGCUCCCGUCAGAUUCCAAGGAGAGAUCACUGGCUUGACUGGGCAUCAGAACAGUACUCGAAACAGCUGAUUGCGGAGGUUAAAAUGGUGACACGUGUUCUCUUUCUCUUCUUACCACUGCCAAUGUUCUGGGCCCUGUUUGAUCAGCAGGGAUCCAGGUGGACUUUGCAAGCUACAAAGAUGAACGCUGACUUUGGAAUAUAUGUCCUUCAGCCUGACCAAAUGCAGUUCUUAAAUCCACUUCUAAUUCUUGUCUUCAUCCCGAUUUUUGACCUUGGGCUCUAUCCUCUGAUAAACAUGUGCAAAUUUAAUUUCACACCUAUUAGGAAAAUGGCAACAGGUAUGAUCCUUGCAGGGAUGGCAUUUGGACUAGCAGCCAUUGUAGAAGUCAAAAUAAACGAAACCGAUAUGCCUCAACUCGUCCCAAAAGAAAGUUUAAUUCAGGUCCUGAAUUUGGCAAAGAACCCAGUUCAAGUGACAAUCCAAGACCAGAACCUAUUUCAGCAGCCAGUGGAGGCUUUCCAGAACCCAGAUGAGUACUCAAGUUUAAUAUUGAAUGGAGAGCAACAGAGCCUUCACUUCAUCCUGCAACAUCAAGGAUCGUCUCUUGCUUUUAACUACACCGUGAAGGAAAAAUCAGUGUACAGUUUAAUUGUUUUUGAGGCGGAAGGAAGCCUAUCAAGUCACUUAAUUACAGACUUGAAAACAAAGCCAGAAAAUGGUUUGGCAGCAGUUAGAUUCAUUAACGGUUUGAGCCAAGAUGUCAACCUCACCAUUGACAGCAAACAGUUCAUAUCUGUUCAGAGAAACUGUGGUGUUUCUGGGUACUCGCUGGUAGAGAGGGACACAUAUGAUAAUGGAAAAUGCAUAACUGAAACUGGGGAAUUCACCCUGGACCUAGGGCUGCUUGACUUUGGUGCAUCGUACACUGUUGUGAUAACUAAUGUGUCUGCAGGUGCGGUUCAGACAUGGAAGUCAGAAGACAUCAAAGCCAACAACGUCCAUAUGGCUUGGCAAUUACCGCAAUACUUAUUAAUAUCUGCUGGAGAAGUGAUGUUCUCCAUUACGGGUCUGGCCUUCUCCUAUUCUCAGUCUCCAGCCAGCAUGAAGUCAGUGCUGCAAGCAGGCUGGCUGCUCACAGUGGCUGUUGGGAAUACCCUUGUGCUUGUUGUUGCCCAGGCUGCACCUAUGGCGCAGUGGGCUGAAUUUGUCUUGUUCACUGUUCUGCUCUUUGCUGUGUGCAUUAUUUUCUCCAUCAUGGGAUAUUUCUAUGUCAGUGUGGAUCCAGAGGACCUAGAAGAAAAGGAAGAGAAGAGAGAGACCCCAAAUAGAGGAAACAUGAUUAGUCUUGUUGCUCAGAAAACAAAGCUCUAACACAUUAUGGG